AGAUUGUACCGCGGUUCGAACUACGGCAAGAAUUUGCGUUUUGACAUACCAGUGAACGUCGAUGCAAGUUCCUUCCAAGGCCACAGUAUUUUUCAAGUCUCGGAAACAAGUAACUUGCUUUCCCUGUGAACUCCGUUCUUCGUGCACAGCUACAAUUUGAAUUUCUUUGACAGAAUCGAGUGUGGAAACUGGCUCAUUGCAUAGCUCCAUUGCAUUUACGUAUGGUCGAAUGAAUAAGGUCUCCUUGAUAUCAUCAAAUGAAGGCAAAAUGUUUGAAUCUAGUCGGCAGCCUUUUUUGUACACCAAAGCGAAUUUUGUCAACUCAUUCUCGUAGUUGGUGUGGGAAUCAAAGACGGAUGAUUCUCUCAAUUCCAAAAUGCAGUCCAAGACCAAAGACUGAAGCUUUUUGGUCAGAUUUUCUCCGAGACUGAAUUCUCCACAUUCUGCGGAGAGUCCAACAAAUAGAUCUAGAGUGCAAUGGAAGAGUUUGUUGGCCAUUGGACACCAUAGAUUCUUUGUGCUUGCGAAUCCACUGAACCCUCUGUACACGAACUCGUGGUUUAUCUCGUGUAUGAUUUCUUUUCUGAUUGGCUCCGCUACAAUGGAUUUGAGUUCCAAGUUAUCUUCAAGCUUAUCAACAAAUUCUUUGGUCCAAUAUAGUUCUGCGGAUACGUGUCGGCAAGUCAGAUCAGUUUUGGUGCUCUGAAGAUUUUCAAAAAUCUUUACUGCAACCCAAUGAAUUCGCCUUCUUGCAAGUACCAAUUCUGUGGAAGUUAACGAUGAAAUGCCAGGUUCAUUUUUUUCAUUACAAAAUGGCGGUGUGAUGCUCUUCAGAGCAGACUCCAAAUGUUUGAAUACAUGUACAGCAAUAUCUUCAGUCACAAAUUCCAACAGCUCUAUCAGUACCGUAAUUGGAAGUUUGGAUAAUCGCUCUUGGAUCCAUUUUCUUAUCUUUCCAGCAUUUGUUUCUGCUAGCCAAGACGAAUGAAAAGUCUCCAAUGCUAGCAGCUCUAACUUUACGGUUUGGCCCUUUUCAAUUGGAUCCACUAGGCAAACAAUGAGUUUCUUUCUGCCAUUCCGUAGUACCUCAAACAUAUUGAAUUUUUGUCGGGAACAUUUUGUUUCUAUAAUAUCAAUUUCAUUGUGAACCAUAGACACCAUCUGUGUUGGAUUUGUGUUUUCAACGCCUUCACAAAAUGACUUCUUUUGCAAGACAAAAUGUUUGAUUGCUUCUUCCAACGUGAUCCCGAGUUCUUCAUAAAAUCCAAAAGUCUUCAGUGUUAGAAGCAACGGUUGAGAACAAAACUUUCUUGACUUUCUAUCAAAACUUACCGUUAUCUGGUUUAUUCUGAUGGGACGAGAGAUUACUUGAAAUGGAAUUACUUAGUUCGAUUGUACCACACGUUGAAGGAUCAAAAGGCUUCCUCCCGUUAAUUCUUUCUAAUUUGCCGCUUAGAUCUAUUGUGAUCGGAACACAACCUUUCUUUUUGUUCACAUUGCGUUCCAUUGUCAAAUCAGUUGCAGCAUCAUUACCCAGGUAUGUAAUAUAUGUAUUGCAUUUACCCGAUGGGCCGAUUCGAUCUUCCAUCUCAAAAUGGAAAACAUUACGUGUUUUGGAUGAAAGCACCGAUAAUUUGGCUUGAAAUUUUGAAGCAGUCUGAAGGAUGGGCUUGGCUUUCUUCUUACUGGAGCCGAGAUUUUCGAGGUGAUUUUUCAUUUUGUGCCCCCCUGACUUUGCCUGACCUGGUUUGCUAUUGACAACUACUUGAAUGUGCUUUGCAUUUCGUGCUCUGUUGAGUUCAACAAGCUCUGAUUCACCUAGCGAAGCAGCCUUGGUUCGAACUAAGGUUUUCCAUCCACUAAUAGAAGCCACUGCUCCAAGACCUUUAAGAGCCGGCAUCCCUCUGUCUUCUCUCCAUUUCAUGAAUGCCUUUGCGAUAUCAGUAGUGCGUGUAGCGAGAAAAUCUGCAGCUGUGGAAAUAUUCAUCGAAGCUAGUAAGAAUUCUUUGUUUGAUGAUGACAACGCAUCAAAAGGAUUCAUUGAGGCACUUUUUCUCAUUCGAGGAGGUUGUUUAGAAACGCUCCUUGACUUUCGAUCUGAAUCUUUCGUUGAGGCACUUUUUCUGAAGCGAGGGGAUUCUUUCGAAACACUUCUUGACGUUCGAUUAUCAUUCAAAUUAGGGCCGAUUUCUCCAACUUUGUAGACAUUAUCGUGUCCGGUAUUUUCGAUGCCGUCAAUUCUCUUUUUCAUCUGCGAAGACCAGUCAUGAAGUUGGGUUAUGCAUGAUUCGACUAUGACUUUUUCUCCGUUCUUUUGUGGAGAAUUCAUCUGAACCAGAGCUUUCAAAAGGCGUGAAUUUUUCCCUUUACUAGUUUCAAUAAAGUUUCGCGCACAGGUAAUCCCUACAGAUUUGAACAUAUCCAAUUUUUGCUCGUCAGCGAAAAAGUUGGAGAAAAAUUCUGGAGAAUCCAAAGCACUGCAAGCUUUGGAAGAACUCGUUUCACUUUGUUGUUUCGAUUGACCCCUGUUGUCGUCCAAUCCAAUCAUUUUUAUUUCUGAAUCAGUCGCCUCUAUCAUUCUCUCUUCCGAGAUGAAUCUCCCUUCGGAACUUUGAAUCAGAAGCUGCUCUUUCAUUUGAGUUUUCCACGCCGAUACCAUUGCUACCGCACUCGAGCUUUUUAAUUCUGAAAGCCCUUUCGUAGCUCUCCAUUUCGAAAACUCAUCUGCAAUUUUUGUGGUCUUCUGUUCUAUAAACUGUGCAGCUGAAAACAUCUUAGAAUGAUCAAUUAGGAAUUCUUUCGCGACGCCAGAUAAAACUCCCAUAGCUCCUGUAAUCCGUUUCGAAGUUUCGUUACCACCAAGUAGCUUUCCCUUCAGACUUUCUUCAAUGCAUGUGCCAAUCCUACUCAGAUGCUUUGAAAGAGAAUGUAAGUUCAUAUCUCUCAGACCACAUUGUCUUCUCCAGGCCCGAAACAUUACCACGACAGGUCCACUCUCAGUCCUUCUGAGACACAAAAAAUCGAAAGCGGAUUUGACACGAAUAGACUUCAGGAACUGGAGGGUGCCGAUUGGAAAUAACAAAGACAACGGUCCAUCUAGAAGCGGAAAUUGAUCGUUAUCGGAUGUGUUGAAGUCCCCUUGUCUCCACGUUUCAAUUGAGUUUCUCCAUACGUUGAGUUUUUUACCUGCAAGAAACGCUCGACUUGAGCUAUGUUCAGCAACACUAUGCCAUGAUUCCGAUGAGAAUACUCUUCCCGAGGCUUUCUCGUCCUGUCCAUUUGGAGUUUCGAUUUCUAAUUUCUUCGAUUCAUGAAUCAUUGUGGGGUUUUCUUUCAAAUUUAACAUUAGCUUUUCGCGGACCCUUUGCCUUGAAGAAGCAUCUUUCACAGUUUGAUCCUCGUUAAGAACCCAUUCGAGUUGCUCCAGCGUAAAAAUAAAACAUACGGUACUCAAGAAAUUACAGUCUUGCCUUGGUAAAAUUCUGAGCAAGUCAAUCUUUCCAUUUAAGAUUUCACGAGCUGCCAUUUUCUCUUUUCCGGUUGAUCUUUUCUUUGUUUUCCUCGUCACCACCCUCUUCUCAAUCUUCGAGAAUAGGUUCGUUUCAUCGAUUGUCGAGUUCAUUUUAUUGACCGUUUUUGCAAUUGAGUCAGAAAUCGCUCCAUUUACGUCUGGACGAAUACUUGAUCUUCUUUUUGGUAUCUUUUUAUACACAUCAAAAUCAAAAGUUUGAUCUUCUUCCGCGUCUUCAAAAAUACCUGCACUUGUGACAGUUUUCAAUACUGAAUUAUGACUCGUAGUAGAGCCCCGAUCGAUAGGAACAGGGCCAUAGUUACAUUUACUUCCCAGAGUCAAAGAAUCCUCGAAGGAAAGUCGAAUCCGCUUGGAUUGUUGAAAACAUAGGCUCCGUUCUUCGCUCCGCAAGACACUUGGAAUAUGAGGAUCUCGUUCUCUCUUAUUCGCCAACGUUGGACUUUUACAGGAUUUCGAAACUGUUGUUGACAGGAUCAGUUCGCUCAAUUUCGUACUAUCUGCUCCACUCUUUGUUUCAGAGUCCGUAGAAAAGUUUGUAGAUGUCUCCAUCGAUGAAGUUUUCAUUUCUUGGAAAUCAUUUGUUGCCCCAUCGGUGUGUAGAGUGAUAGUAUGCUCUUUGCUUUCAAGUUCUUCGUGGACUGUCGACUGCAUUUUACGAAUCAU